CAGGUACCAGCAGUAUGGACAAUGCCCAGCGUAGGUCUUUUCCACCCAUCUUUUCAGUCUUUCGAAAACAAACUCCUUCAGCCUUUAGGAGUGGAUCAUUACCUCAUCAGUCUACUGCAGCGGUCACUCCAACAACUGACACGAGAAAUGUUCUAACCGAAUCUGACCGUCGAGAACAACGUCUCGCAAGAAAUCGCGAGAGUGCACGUCAAAGUCGUCGACGUAAGAAGGAAAACCUGGAAAAUUUGAGUGCGAAGCUGGGUCAAUCGAAUAUGGAGCUUGAAGAUCUCCGCCACGUUAUAGAAAGCAACCUGCGUUCUCAGGAAGAUUGUACAGAGGAUGAGAGACAAGCAUUGCGCGCUUAUCGAUUCGCUCGCUUGCGUUGUCUUUUGUUCCCACCUCACGCAUGCUUCUGGAUGUGGCUUAAUCGACGAGCGUGUGUAUGGACUCAACAGGCAUCUUCGUCACAGCGCAUCUCAGCAGCAAAAAUCGGGGAAACUCUUAUACAGGAGAAACAGGAGCAAGAGAGUGAGACAACAGGAUGGGAAGCAAAGGAUGGACAGACAUUAUGGCCGUUGUUGUGUUUCGAGCUACAGUUGAAAGGCGAGCAGGAGGAGCAAGUCAAAGCCAUCCUAUCCCAGGCUUCUGAAGAGAAGACCCAAGAGUUGGAGGCCUUGCAAAAGAUGGCAUCGGCUGUAGGAACGUUGUAUAAAGAUUUAUGCGUGUCAAGUAAGCGCGUGGAUUGUACGUAUGAGGCUGUGCGAGGGGUCCUGACUCGAGCGCAGCUCCAGGUCCUGAGGCGUUACGCAGUCGACGCUCCUGAGGCGACGUGAAAUAAUAGCAAAGCUUUCCAGGAAGACAGGCACACGUCUUUGAAUGCGCGCUUUUUGUUGUCCACCAACAGCGGUUGGUGAGAAAUUAAGUUUGCGGAAAUGUCGAUGAACUGAUAGGAUUAAUAAUUAAACCAUGUGAACAAUUCGAUUGGAAGGGUAGAAGGAAAGGAAUCUGUUGGUAUGGAAGGGGGUCAACUGCCGAUGCGUGUGCUUUUCCUACGAGGCUGAAAUUUUGGAGAUUACACCAGAAGAUGAAGGUAAGAAAAUUCUCCCAAAUGAAACAAAAUGAAUUUGAGGCAAGAAAAAGC